AUGGCGUCCAGACUCCCAGCAACUUGUUUUCCAGAAAUCCUUGAAUACCUUGAUUUCGACCGAAAUUGUAUCUUUUCCUGUAUGCUAGUAAAUCGACAUUGGUGUGAAAAUUCAAUUCCGUAUUUAUGGCGAAAUCCUUUUUCAUCAACAAGAAUAUCGUUUUCAUCAUUGUCAUCAUUAUCAAUGUCUUCUACCACAAAAAAGAAUAUGAUCAACAUAAUCAACAUAAUCAACACGUUGGUCAACUGUCUUUCUGAGCAAGAUAGGAUGAAACUUCGCGUUAACAACAAUUUCAAUCUCAACAAAAAUAUUACGAAAAAAUCAAGCUUUGACUAUACGUCAUUUCUAAGAUGCUUGGAUUUACAGAUCUUCGCAAAGGCGUUAAGUUAUUCAUUUGGAGGUGGUGAUAUGACAACAAUAUUCAAAUGUUUGCAUUUACUUGCGAGAAAAAUCAUCAAUGAUAGUGAUGCAAUUAUAUGGGAUUUAAAGCUUGAUAUUAUUCCUUCUUUGGUGAUCAAUGAUAGUGAUGCAAUUAUAUGGGAUUUGAAGCUUGAUAUUAUUCCUUCUUUGGUAAAUACAACUCGUACACAAAAUCCAUUUUUCAUUUCUCGCGCGAUGAAAGCUUACUCGUUAUUAAUGGGCGAUGAUAUCAACUGGAAUCUAUUUAAACUUCCUGGCGCAGCGAGAUCUUUAGCUGGUCUCCGUAAAUUAACCUUGAAGGCUGGAUGCUUGGAAGAAACUUUUCCAUUGGCAAAAAGAAUUUCACCAAGUAUAAACGAAUUAAUCAUCGUUUUACACUCCCCUAAGGAUAGGAAAACUUCAUAUGACCAAGUGAAUAAGCUGGUUCCCUAUUUACCGAUUCUAAGUUCUUGGCGUCAGUUGAAGACACUUGCGAUAGCGCGAGGAUAUGAUCAUCAAUUGUUAAUGCCGGCAGAAAAAUUCUUGGAUUCUCUUGGAACAUACUUACCAUUCACCGUCGAAAAUCUUACAGUCAAUGGCGCGUUGAAGUUCUCACCUGAAUCACUUGAAAUGUUCUUUGCAUUAUUGAUGACUAAACCAACACCAACAACACUAAAUACAUUGGCAUUUCCCGAAAUGAAAUUUUUCGAUGACAAACAUCUUCUUGUUGUCGGAGCAGCUGCAAAAGGAGGAACGUUAAAGAAAUUGGAUAUUUCUUCGGCCAGGCAUAUCACCUCGAAUACAUUAAAAGAGAUGAGAAUCUACGUCGAUACCAUUCUGAUGUCGAGUGGUCAAUCCAGUCAGUCCAAUCCACAGUCUGGUAAUGAUAUUGUUAUUGGUAGAUAUCGUCCGACUUAUCGUCCAGAUAUUCGUGAUAUGUAUCAUAUAUUUAAUAGCUCGGAAUUACAUCGUAAUAGUAGUAAUCUAGAUAACCCAAAUAGUCAAGUCGAUAAAUAUAUAGAAUAUAAAUACUCUCAUCGUCGUUCGAGAUAUAUAUCAUUUAAUCCAUCUGCUCUGGUAAAUCGUGUAUAUAGUCGUAUUGUAGGUUCACUCGUAGACACUUCAGAUCCAUCAGUGCCUACAUUACGUAGUAACUCCAUUCAACACCCGAGUAUGCGCUGGCAUGUGAAACAACAUCCGAACACCGUUUUACAUGAGAGUGCAUGCGACAGACUCUGGCAACUGGAACUGUUGCGAGUCGAGGACAGCCGAGGGGAAUUGGGGGAAACAUUCCACCGAGAGGGGAAUUGGGGAACCGUCCCCACCCACGCCAUUCCAAUCCAUGUGAGAUAG